UGGUGUCAUAAUGCUUUUCAGACUUUGAUCUUAGGGAAGUUGAAGUUAAAGUCAAAGAAUUUCUCAGCUGAUCUCAGUGUUUUGUUGGUAAUUAUCCAGAAGUAGACAGAAGUUUGCCUGAGCCGAGUGGAGAAUUGCUACCCUAAAAGGGCUGACAAUAAUGUUAGCGUCCAGCUCAGUGCUUGGUGUGGCAGUGUUGCUCCUCCACCUCUGGGGGACACAUUCUUUCCCCACCUCUGCCUGUCCUGUUCCCUGCCUGUGCCAGCACGGUCCCCUCCUGAACUGCUCUUCUUUGGGUCUGACUGAGAUUCCCACACACAUCCCAGCAACUGCGGUUUCCUUGAACUUAUCCAAUAAUGCCUUGCGUUCUCUGGGUUCUCUCAGCUUUGGUCAUGUAAAAUUGAAGGGGCUUCUGCACCUUUGGGUGGGAAUUAAUGCUCUGGAGAGCCUGUCUCUGAUUUUGAAGAAGGACCGAUCAGGCACUAGGACCCGGUCAAGUAGAGAACAGGAAUGCACCUCUUGGGCACCUGACCUUCAGUUGCUGUCUGCUGAAAGAAACCAUCUAAAACAUCUACCAAAGGGGCUAGGCUGCAUGAAGUCUCUGCAGAUUCUUCAGCUGUCUUAUAACCACAUAUCUAAGAUAGGUCUUACCGACCUGGACAACUGCAUUAAUUUGAAAGAGCUACAUCUCCAGCAUAACAGCAUCAUAAGCAUUCACCCACAUGCUUUUAUAGACCUAAAACUGCUGCAGGUCCUUGAUCUGAGCUAUAACAUGCUGGUCACCAUUCCUGUUCCUGCCUACCAGUCCCUUCGAAACACCUUGGUCGAUGUCUCCUUCAACAGAUGGAAGCGUGACUGCAACUUGCAGGCCUUGAGAAGAUGGAUUAGUUUUGAUACUGAAAUGGGUGAUACUUCCUGGCAAGUGGUAUGUGCCUCUCCACCACAUCAUGGUGGAAAAGAUCUGCUUCACCUGAAGGAUUCGGAGCUUACUUGUCCAACAAAUGAAUACAGCACAUCUGGCCGCUAUCAUAACAUGAUUGUGGAUGAGGGGAUGCAAAUAUCAAUUCCUUGCAGCAAUGACAGUCAAGAUAUCAUGCAAGUUCAUUGGUGGACUCCACAUGGACAAGUCACAGAUAAUCAACCAAAAAUUCUAAUUAAGGACAUCACAGAGCAGCAUGCAGGACUUUAUAUAUGCAUUUCAGGUCUUCAAGGGGGAGCACAUAUCAACAAAUUAUGGAGGAGAAUACAAUCCAAGAGACGAUCUACACCACCACCACCACCACCAACAGCCUCAUCCACUGGGCCCCAGCCAUAUGUGAAUGAAGGGUACUGUGAUGUAGAAGACCAAGAACGAGAAGUGAGAGUGGGUUCAACAGUUUCAUUUGGUGAAAUCACAGAAGUGGAAGAUCAAGUGCCUUACUACGUUACUGGAGAGAAUGAUCAAGCAGAUGGCUCCUCUGAGAGCAACACAGAAGCUCAGACAAAAACUGGUCUUCAUCUGAAGGAUCAAAUGUAUCUACUGGUAGCUAAAAGAAACACGGAGAUGGGAGCACUUCAUCUGAGGAAGAUGUUAGACCCGAAAGAGAAUAUCACUGAAGAACAGUUGAAUAUCUUGCCAAAAUCCCAAAACUCAAAAGACUUGGAAGAUUGGAGGGUAGUUCAAGACACAAGGAAUCAAGCAACUUCAUCUGAGGAAGAUGUAACACUAAUGCUAAGGAAGACAAUGUCUUUGGACAAACUGGGAGCAUCUCUUGACAAAAAUUCCACAAGAAAAUCCAUGAAGGUGACAGAAACCGAACUGAAACAACCAGCCACUAGGGAGAGCACUUCAUCAGAGGAGAUGUUCAGGAAGAUGAUGGCUCUGGACAAAUAG